AGUCGAUGUGUGGGUUAUGGUAUUUGAGUUCUAGCUCCUUAGUCAUAGACUAAGCCUGUGAUCACGUGCUAUCUAUAAGAAAGGGUAGCUCCUGGUGGCACAGUCCCCGUCUACUGCACAUUAAAUUUUGCAACCACAGUUUGAGCACGGUUCUCUAUGUUGUCUUCUCUGUGUUCGUUACGGACUUUGCAGCUUUUCUAGCAAGAGCAGAAAAAUCGCGCUGUGUGCCUUUACAACAAAAGAAGAGACGUUGGAUUAGAGGACGGUGCCUAUGGGGUCGGACCGCCAGAACACAAGCUGCGGAGACGAAUGGGACAAGUCCCAAGAACGUAUAUGGUUCCUCUUGAUUCUUCAGUUCAUUGUGGCUAUUGCUGGGAAUGGCUUUGCCAUCUACCGCUUUGUGGUUCAUGAGCGCAUGUGGCAUACCGGCAUUGUCUACGCCUUCAACCUAGCCAUCAGUGACACUCUUUAUGCCUUCUCCUUGUUGCCCAUGGCCGCUUAUUAUUACCCUCCCAAGGACUGGAAAUACGGCUCAGUUUUCUGUAAGCUGGACCGUUUCUUCUUCUUCUGCAACCUUUAUGGCAGCACCUUCUUUGUCGCCUGCAUUAGCCUGAACCGCUAUGUUGCCAUCGUUCAUCCUUUCUUUGCCCAUGGCCGCAUAGAAGCCCGCCAUGCCAAACUUGUCAGUGGGGUAGUAUGGUUGCUGGUGAUAGCUAUCUCAGCACCAGUCCUCCAUUUUUCCACCCUGAAGCAUAUAAUGAUAAAGAACACCUCAACAACGUACUGUAUAGGAAGUGCCAUCUUCUUGGACCUGCCCAGUUACUGGCCUUAUAGCUUGUUUCUAGCAGCUUUUGGAUGUGGGCUGCCGUUCAUCCUUACCGCCUUUUCCUGCAUGGCCAUCGUCUGCAGAGUCAUCCAAAGUCAGAGUCUCACCGCAGAGGAAAAGCGCAAAGUGAAGACAUUGGUUUUGGUAGUGGUGGUUCUCUAUGCCCUUAUCUAUCUCCCCUUCCAUGCCUUACGCAACCUGAACCUUUACAAUCUUAUGUCUGGAAAAUGUAUCUCACUUGUCUACUACUUCUACCAGGCGGCCAAGAUCUUAGUCCACUUCCAUAUUUGCAUCCAUCCAUUGGUCUAUGCUGCCCUGGCUGACAGCAUGCAAGAAUACUGCUGCAGAUGCUUUCAACCACAGAAAGAGAUGUCAAAGGAAGAGGAGAAUGAGGGACUGAGACUGCGAAAGCAGACCCAAGAUUUCCAGGAUCAGAGCUGAGGAUGUCUUUUUCCUGCUGACAAGCUUUAUCUUUUAUGGACAAUCCUUCCAUGGAAAUUUGGCAAGGCUUCAUAAUAGUGACACUUUGGAUGGGAUGAAGAAGGCUGUUUGUUUUUCCUACUUUACUUUUUCCUAGAUGCAAGAGCUGAGUCUUAGCAUGCACAGAAAUACAUUUGCUCACUAGCAUCUUUUAAAGCUACUAAAAACAGCAGACAACUGUUAUUUUUUAUUUUUUGUGACACUUAUAGACUAUUGAGUUAUUUUUCAUCACCUACUUAAGCUAGAGUGAUAUACUGUACUGUAUAUAUAUCUAUUAUGUCUGUCUGUCUGUCU